AUGAAGUCCACAUGGUCCAAAUGGAGAGUGUGCGUGAGUCUCUUAAUCCUGCUAGUAGCGACGGGAGUUGGUGAAAGAUUGAGGCCCGAAGUUGUUCUCGCAGAUAUCCUUACGAAGCCCUUUGUACCUGGAGAAUUUGCUUCUUCCGAGUGCAUCCGCGAUAGCAAAAUUUAUUUGAAGGCACUUGAGACAUACACACCCUGGGCGCUUCAAAUGUUCGACGCUUCAGUUAAAAUACCAUCAGGUUUGAUCACCGGUAAUCAUAAACAGCUGGGUAAUUUUGAUGAAUGCUUGCGAAUAAAGAACGAGCACGGAUUCGUCGGACAGGCUUGCAAUGUGGCAGUACAAUUCGAGAUCGCCGCGGACGACGGUACACCACGACACGAAUUGGACCUGGGGGAUCUGCUCGUAAAUGUUGCAAUCGCAUCGAAUGCGACAAAAUGGAGUUCUGGCAAUUCAGUCGUAUACGAGUGGAUGUUUUGUGUUCCGUCCACCUGCAAUCAUACGGAGAUACAGGAAUAUCUCGAAAUCGCACUCGACAAAUUGAAAGUCGUAGGGCGUGUAGACAUGACUAUCAACGUUUCUAAGGAAUCGUGUCACACCGUGGAAACUGUUCGAACAACUUGGGACAUUGCCGAUUGGUGUUACACAUCGAUUCUUAUACUAUUCGCAUUGAUCAUUAUUACCAGCACGGGAUAUGAUAUCGUAAUACAACGGCAGACUAACACGUCGAAAUUGAAAAAUACUUUUACGGCGUUUUCUUUGUACACGAAUGGGAAAAAGCUGUUGCAAACGGACAGACGGGAGGAUUCUAUUCGCUGUCUAGAUGGCUUACGUUUCAUCAGCAUAUGCUGGAUCAUUUACGGUCAUACUUAUUACAUGGAGACUAUUAGUGUCAAAAUGGACCUCACACAGAUUCCAUAUAUGCAUUACGAUUGGAACAACAUGCUUGUGCUCAAUGGCAACAUUGUCACGGAUACUUUCUUUCUUCUGAGUGGGAUGCUACUCGCUUACACCGAACUGUCAAAGAAGAAACGAGCCGCCUUAAAGUGGCGUUUCGACAUGAUAGGACUUUAUGUUCAUCGUUAUAUAAGAUUAACACCGGCCUACGCGAUGAUGAUUGGUUUUUAUGCUACUCUGUUCUAUAAAUUUGGUACAGGCCCGCAGUGGGACAUCUGGAUCGGCUCUAACAAAAACUUUUGUCGUGAGAAUUGGUGGACCAACUUGCUCUAUGUUAACAAUUAUGUUAAUGUACCAAAUAUGUGCAUGUCCCAAUCCUGGUACCUAUCGACCGACAUGCAGUUUGUUUGGCUAUCGCCGCUUAUACUGUAUCCUAUGCUCAAGUUUAGGAGUCUGUUCUUUGCCAUUGUUUUGGCCGUCUGCUUAUUUCUUUCGGUCUUAGUGCCUUUCGUUACAACUUAUGUUCUUCAACUAACGGGCACCAUGCUCUAUUAUAAGGAACAGACGGAUUUAGCUCAAGUUUAUCUGGAGAUCUAUACAAAGACAUACAAUAGAUUUGGGUCUUACGUCAUUGGAUUAGGCUUAGGAUACUUGUUGUAUAAGACGCGAUCUUGCAAAGUCAAAUUACGCAUUUGGUACGUGAUUUUCGGUUGGCUGCUCGCGAUUAUGGCCGGUUUCUCGGUGAUUUUUGGGCCACGGAACAUGUACUUCGACACUCACGUAUAUAACAGAUUAGAGGCGAGUUUCUACGCUGGUUUUCAUCGACAGGUUUUUACACUUUCGGUCUCCUGGAUCAUCUUUUGCUGCACGCACGGAUAUGCAGGUCCCAUCAAUUAUUUACUUUCUUGGAGUGGAUGGAUACCGCUCAGCAAAUUGACCUACUGUGCUUAUCUCUCUCAUUAUCUGUUCGUACUAUUACACGUCGGAGCCGUUCGAACUACCGGCAAUUUAACACAAAUGAACGUGAUGCGCGCAUUCUUCGCCAAUUUAAUGUUCACGAUGAUAAUAUCUGUGUUGUGGAGCCUCUGCUUUGAAAUGCCCUUCAUGACUAUCGACAGGAUUCUACUUUCUGGACGUAAACAAAAUUUGUCGAAAGGCUUAAAGACUAACAAUUCUGCGGCAUCCGGCAAAGAUAUUUGCCAGCCAAAGGAAUCUUCAACUACACGCGUUAACGAUAACCCGAGAGAACAUGGCUGUGACGUAGCCAUCCACGAUUUUACGAAAACAGCUAAAGAAAACGAUGCAGAAUACAUCAACGACACGGCAGAAACAAGUAAUGGUAAAAUAUACUGUAUCAACCCUAUCAAAUGCGACAAGACAUUCUCGGUUAUAAAUUUCGAUAAUAAGAGAUCCGAUCAUGUGACCAUCGAUUUUUGUCAUACUUUCGAUGGACAUUCGAAUGAGAAAGAAUUGAUCGAUAACGCUCAUAGAGCGAAACCAAAUCAGUCCUUGAAGGAUAGUAAUUAAAAGAUCGAUUUGCUUCAUUCUAGUCCAGUUAUAGUUUAUAGUUUACGAUUAUUAUUAAUUAUUAUUUGAAUGAUUAUUAUGUGAGAUAAAGUGCAAUAA